AUGCCGGCGAUCCUGGAUGACCCGGACGCACCAACCAUCUACCGGGUAUCGGGAGACCCCCCCUAUCCGGACCCGGCUCUCCCGUCCCUCCCACCAUCUGUCGUUCCACGUCAUGUGACACUGCGAGACCGACAGACGGUUGCAAGCGUCGUCCCGUUUGCAUCUCGCUACCAAGUUCCGGACUCUCUCCUGCGCUACCUCAAUGAUCAGUUCAACAAGGAGAUCGAAGGGGGGGACACGUAUCCGAUGAUGGAGACGAUGCCUUUCGAGAAGUUCGCCUCGUAUUGGUUCCAAAAUUUUGGCGCCAUUAUGCUGCUAGGGGACAUAGCAAGCGCCGACGAGGUGGUCGAGGGCAAGGACUGGUCUAAGGAAUGCCUGGGCACCUUCUACAUCAAGCCCAACUAUCCGGGUCGCAGCAGUCAUGUUUGCAACGCCGGCUUUAUUGUCACCGACGCUUCCCGAAACCGAGGCGUGGGCCGGUUAAUGGGCGAGACCUACCUCGAUUGGGCGCCCAAGUUUGGCUACACCUACUCCGUCUUCAACCUGGUCUACGAGACGAACGUGGCGUCUUGCAAGAUCUGGGACGCCCUCGGCUUCAAGCGCAUCGGCCGUGUCAAGGGGUGCGGCAACCUGAAGAGCUACCCCGGCCGCCUCAUCGACGCCAUCAUCUACGGCCGGGAUCUAGGCGACGGCAACGGCAACGGCGGCAACGAGGAACUCGUGAGUGAAGAGCGUUUCGACAAGAUCAAAUUCUACCUCAAAUACGGGCGAUACCCGAACGGCGCUGACCGGGCGGAAAAAAGCAGGCUUCGCAGCGCGGCAACGCACUACAAGCUGCUUGACGGAGAUGUUCUGAUGCUCAAGGACAAGGAGGUCAUCUCGGAUCCGCAGCGGCAGUAUGACAUUGCCCGGAACUUCCAUAACCAGACGCAUGCCGGCAUCAACAAGACCACCGCGACCAUUGCGGAGCGGUAUCACUGGAGCCGCAUCAAGGAGACCGUCUCGGAUGUAAUUAGAAACUGCACUGAGUGUAAGGAGUUGGGGAAGGCCCAGACGCCACUGCCCGGUGGGAAUGGAGGGAAUCAAAUACGUCGCUCAGCUCUCAGUGCGCUGCCUGGCGCUGCCAUUCCAUCCAAGAGGUCAUCUCCUAGUCUCGCUGCCACGGGAUCGAGAGACGCUGCCACUCUUAACGGUCCCAGGAGUCUGGAAUUAUCCGAGCCCGGGCACAUACCCCCAUUUGCUAUACAGUCUCAUUCCUACGCCAACGCGAACGAUAUAGCGGUCGUGACGCCUUCGCACACACUCCAAACGACAGCCAGCGGAACCAUUACAGAGCAUGGCAGUCUCGCCCGGCACAAUCCCAUGUUACAAGACCACCCCCACACCCACGACCCAGACGCAGACACAUUCCAGGCCCUCCUCAACGGCACAAGCGACGUCGACCCAGGCCUGCAUUCCCACCACCACCACCACCACCACCAUCACCACGACGACGACGGCAGUGCCGGCGGCGCCCACCACGAUGACGACGACGAGGCUGACCAGGCGGCCGUCGAUCGCGAUCUGGAGAUGCUGAUCGAGCCGCAAGACGAUGACGAGGACGAGAACGAUGGCGCGGGCGCGGGCGGGAGUAACGACGGCGACGACCGCGGGCCCGCGACGAUGGUCAUUGACGGCGGCGGUGGUGCGGUGGGAGCCAGGACGGCGAGCGGGAAAAUGGAUGUGAAUCACCUGCUUUCGUCGCAUGUGGAUGAUGAUGAGGAGCAGGAGACGGUGGGGAGGGAUGUUGAUCCGGGUAGGGGGAGGGGGAUCUACGAUGUUGGGUUUGGGGGGUCGGGAUAG